AUGAAAUUCCUCGCCGUCCUCCUCCUCUGCGUGCUCGCCUUCGCCUCGGCCGCACCUCAAUUCGGCUUCCACCCCGGCUUCGGCGGCGGCUUCAACAGGCCCGGCUUCGGCGGAGGCUUCAACCGAGGAUUUGGCGGUGGCUUCAACCGUGGACGCCCAACCGUCAUCCAGAGGACCACCAUCAUCCGCCCCGGAAAA